UGGUCCCAGUUCGAGCUUGCGAUGCUGGCCGGGACUUGGAAGCUGCAGACAUUCUGACGUUGCUUGAUAUAAGACCGUGGAUAGCAAAGAUUAGACGAAACCAUCCGGACUACGAUGCCAGGCACAAGUUUGGCGCAGACUUCUGUGUCGUUUCCUCAUAAGGAGUUGUGGCGGCGUGGCUGUGUGAAGAUCUGUUGGGCUCCCGCAGACUUGCUCCGAUCCCGUCGACUUCACCCAAUCGAAUCUCGUCUACGAUUGGCGUUCAUUUGAACAUAGUACGGCUGAUCCAGCACAUGCAUCUCCACAUCUUCACACGCUCUCAAUCUUCACCGUGUCCAGCCUAUGAGCACCGCGGGACUCCAUCUUCGCAUCUUAUAACAGGCGUUCUUGCGUCAGUUGACCAUGGACUUGGAUACAUUCACCGAAGAUGGGUGCAGACGGCUAGCCAAAGCCCGAUGCCUAGCCCGUCUCCUAUCUCGUGGGGAUAGAGUCGCCCAUAUCGGGUUCGCCUUGCCGCAUUUGCGAUUGCGGGGGUACUUUGAUCGACAGUGUUGUUAUGAUCUUGUAUUCCAGCUGAUAACUUCUCCAAGUUCUCUUCCGUCUUCUCCCUCUUCAUUCUACCAGUCAGAUCCAUGUCGAGCGCCCCAUGGAUUAUCGAAUCUGAUGACUUGGAGUUCCCAGAUGGAGAUGCCUGUAAGGCAGGAAGGAUUGCGCGCGGGUUAUGGAGGGGCAAUGUGGUGGCGGUUAAGGUCCUGACGAAACAAGCCGAGGGAUCCGCAUUGACCGAGCGCGGUUCUCUAUGGAGCAGCCUUCAGCACGGGAACAUAUUGCAGACCCUCGGGGUUUCUCCCGCGGAUGCCGAUCCUCUCUUCGUCGUUACUCCGUACCACUCAUUCGGCAACGUCAUGCAACAUCUCGAACGAAACCCUGGGGCUGACCGCAUGCAACUUGUCUUGGAUGCAGCUCUUGGCAUGCAAUAUCUGCAUACAUGCGGAGUCGUCCAUGGCAGUCUCAAGCCAUCCAACAUUCUAGUUAAGCAAUCUGGGCGAGCCUGCAUUGCCGACUACGGAAUGGUCGAAGUGCAGUCAAGCGCAAGCCACGGUCAUCGAUACUUUAGCCCUGAAGCAUGGAAAGGAACGUUAUCUCGUCCUUCCGACGUAUAUGCCUGGGCCAUGAGCGCCUCGGAGAUACUCACCUCCAAAGCGCCUUGGGGAAUCCUUACUGAGAAACAAAUUUUCCGACUAGUAGUCCAGCAGAACAUGACACCUGAUCGACCCGACGAGGAUCUCGAUUUGACUGAUAAUGUUUGGGAACUGCUGGAGGAUUGCUGGCGAGCUUCUCGACUUCGGCCGACUUUCGAUGCCCUCGUUCAACGCUUGCACGCAGGCAGCGAGCAAGAGAUUACUAUUCCGCCCUCCUUCGACAACGCCAAUGGCUUGGCUCCCCCGAAAGCCAAUCGUACACGAUACACCGUGUCGAUGAUGAGUGGUCCUCCGGCUUAUGACGCGCCAUCGAGCACAGCAGUCCACCCCGGAUCGGCACCGCCGACCGUCACGCACUUCCAACCGCCUCCCAAGAAGAAUCUCGUCCCGCAGAGGCUCACACCCAUGAACCGAGGUAGUACCAGCGAUCUGAACAGCAGUUUUGACUCGGAGGAAGGGGGAACGAGCGCAGGCACUUCUCCGCCCAGGACCCCACGUAGCGAAUUAGGGCUGAUGUCUUCUCCGUCUGUAAGGACGUCUUCGUCUGCUCCCAACGCGAAUCUGAUCGCGGGGGCUCUGUCCACAGAAGUCAAAGAAGGUCGGAAACGAGAUGUGGUCGACGGUUACCUGGGAAAGAUGAUUGCGUUGAGCUUGGGUUCGUCCAAAGACGCGCACAAGUUGGUCACGGCUGGAGUUAUCCCGACUUUGAUCGUGCUGCUCAAGACACGGGCUGCGGAUGGAAUUGGCCUGGAGUUGGUUCUUCUGGCUCUCGGAUUUCUCAUUCACGAUCCCAUCACGGCAAAUGCGGUUCAUCGCACGGACACGUCCAAGACGCUGAUCGAUAUCCUCAACGCGGCACAACUGGAUGACAUUGGGGCGCUUGCCAUCUGGUGCCUGAUCCGGGUUGCCCGCACGCCCGAAGUGGUAGCUUCCUUGCUCAAGCACAACUUGGGGAGCUCGCUCGUCAGAAAGGGCCUGCGAGGCGGCCAGCGGACUUCGCGGAUGGCGGGGUGGUGUCUCGGCGCCAUUGUCCGAUCGGACGCCAUCGCCGACGCGUUAUGUGAGAUGGGCAUCGUCUCGGCAGUGUGCGAGCACAUGCGACGUUGCAGAAGCUCUGUCAACGCUGACGCUGCCGACCACAGCGCUAUUCUAUAUGCGGUCGCACGGCUUUCGCGGUCCAUCAAGAUAGCCAAGCAGCUCUCCAAAGGGGGAUGCGUCGACGCCCUGGCGUAUUUCCUCGAGACUGCAGAAGAUCCGCAGGUGCUGCAAUGGAGUGUUCGCGCUGUGGGAUGUCUCAUGCGUCCCAAUAGUGGGGACAUGGCCAAGACCCUGCUGGACGCCGGCAUCGCGAGUGGAUUGGCGCGGCUUCCCAGCAUCCUCCCGGCCGACCAGAUCGAGCCUCUCGGCGCCUUCGCGUUUGCCGUCCAACGCUUCUCUUGUGCGGAGUGGGGCGGAGGAACGAGAAAAGCACUGGUCGAGGCUGGCGCUGUUGACGCUCUCCUCGCGGCUCUCCGCACCGCUGCCGAAGAGCCGUUCCCGCAGGUCCACAUCGAGUUGGCCCAUGCAAUAGCGCUUUUGGCGGAUGUCGGGGGCUCGGCCAUCCGCAAGGAGAUCGUGAGCGCGGGUGGCGUGGAUAUUCUCAAGCAGAUUGCGAGCGACACUACGACGCGUGCUGACGUCGCCAAAGCCUGCAACUUGGCUGCAACCAGUGUCAUGGGCAAUCUCUGGUCGCGGAACGCCGCUUCCGCGAAAGCUGCUUUGGUGCAUGAAUGGUCCGGUGGAUGUCCGGAUCACAUUCCCGAAUGCCCGAUUCCGAUGAACGAGAUCGAGGCUUGGUAGAUCGUUGUAUUCUUACUGACUUAUACACUAUGUAAACUGUAAAUCCCUGUCUAUUCUAAAUAUGGCUCGGCUCAGAACCCCAUCGCCAGAACCAGCCGCUCAUCUGAUCUGGAUCAGGUAGCCUCUUAGCGAAAGGUCGUGCCACGUUUGAGUUUCGACGGUGUGCACUGCGAAACUCACACCAGUUGGCCGCACCCCUACACACUGGCCACAUGUCCCGCGCGGAUCUCUUCCUUGGCGCACUCUACCUGGCGUCCUUCGGGCUGCUCCUCGUCCGACUCAUGGACGCGACCGUCACUGCCGAAAUGCUGCGUAUGCUGCCCGUCACGGUCGGCACCCGCGUGAUGCAUGCAAUUCCCCAACGCUUCGUGGUCCACGCGGGCUGACUGGGCGGAUGGAUGCGACGAUGUGUGUCUCUACUCUAACGAAUUCCCUCUGCACGACUGACGGGCUGCCUCGGCAUUAGGCUGGGGCCGAUGAGGCGGAUUUUAUAUCAUCAAACUCGGUUGUCCCGUGCAGAGCAUGUCUAAUGAAAAUGCCUACGAACGAAAGAAUGCCAGCUCAGAUCCGGUUUCUGCCAAAAGAGGAAAUAGCAUUGCCUAAACAGGGUCACUACGUAGUAAAUUGGGUAAUCUUACAGUGGAUCCUCGAUCCGAUCAGCAAUGUUUGCGGUUGAACGUAUACGUGGUCAGACUGGUCGCUUUCAGCAGGAGCGAAUAGGCGCCCGAGUGGCUGGUUGCGGCGGCGACAGACACAAAGUCCUCCGUCGCGCUCGUGCGCACUGCUGCCAGCGGGCAGACGGUGUCAGGGAACGUCAGCGUCAGCGUCGUGUCGGUCGUGUUGGGGUUCAUCAGCAGGACGGAGUACGUCGUGGGUGUGGCCACUGCCAUCAUCCACUGCUGCACGUCGCUUCCGGUCAGCGCAUGCCGGAUGGAGCCGGCUAGGCAGGUUGGGUGAGACGCCGGUCCAGUAGUGCUUGGAGAUAUCUGCGAGACAGGUCAAUCUUCGAGAUUUGGCUUCGCCCAAGUCUGGAACUAACAUAAUUGGUGGUUCCCGUUCGUUGCAUAGUCUGGAUCGUAGUAGAUCAGGCCAUCCUUGAGAAGCAGAUCAGGAUGAGGAGGUGGAC